GGCGGUGCUGUAUUUGCUGAGAGCUCAGCUCGUCACGCAGCACCAGGAAAUGGAGGAGCUGCGCGGGUGAUGAGCGUCGCUGCAGCAGAAGAGCUGGGAGGAGAAACGAACAGCUUCAGGCGACAGCGACAACUCUCAGCACUGUGAGGUCUCUUGCAUCAACAGGUGAAGAUGAGCGACGCCAAUCAGCCGAAAGUUGAACUUUUUGUGAAGGCGGGCAGCGAUGGUCAGAGCAUUGGAAACUGUCCAUUCUCCCAACGUCUCUUCAUGGUGCUGUGGCUGAAGGGAGUCACAUUUGAUGUGACCACGGUGGAUAUGAAGAGGAAGCCGGACAUCUUGAAUAACCUGGCUCCGGGUGCCCAGCCUCCCUUCCUGUUGUACGGCAGCGAGGUGAAAACAGACACCAACAAGAUUGAGGAGUUCCUGGAGGAAAAUCUCUGCCCUCCAAGAUAUCCUCGUUUGGCUGCUCGUAACCCAGAAUCCAACACAGCAGGCAUGGAUGUUUUCUCCAAAUUCUCUGCUUACAUCAAGAACUCAAACCCUCAAACCCAUGGAAAUCUAGAAAAAGGGCUGCUGAAGGCUCUGACGAAGCUCGAUGACUACCUCGGCUCCCCACUUCCUGAUGAGAUCGACGAGAAUAGCGCGGAUGACGUUACUUCCUCGUCCCGCCCCUUCCUGGACGGCCAGGAGCUCACUCUGGCUGACUGCAACUUGCUGCCUAAGCUCCACAUCGUGAAGGUGGUGUGCUUAAAGUACCGCAACUACAGCAUCCCUCAGUCUCUGACAAACCUCUGGAGGUACCUGAAUGCAGCCUACGCCAGGGAAGAGUUCUCCUCCACCUGCCCGGUUGAUGAGGAGAUCCACAUCGCCUACUCCUCUGUAGCUAAAGCUCUCAAGUAGGAGGAUGACAGGAUGCACCAGCAGAGCAAAAAAAAAGCACAAAAACAUACACCCUUACUCACCUUCACACAGUGAGCGCUCACUCUGUAAGCAGCAUGGUCCAUCUGUUUCUCAAGAGACUCUCAUUUCUCUUUAUAUGCAGCUUUUGUUUCAUCUGUUGUACUAUCAUCAAACUUUCUCCUAAGAGAGUUUUAUCCGAGUUUUCUUCUAUAUUUGAAGUAUGUGGGUUAGCUUAGGAGCAAACAAGGAAGAACAAGGCUAAGAUAAGGUGGCGUAAAAACAAAUACGGACUCAGAAAAUCUGAAUUUACUUUACUGCCAAGCUUUUUGUACAUCCCAUCAUAUCAUCUGUAUUUCGCCAAACGCUCAGAGUUCUAAGACAGAAAUAAACUCUUUGAUUAACUCAUUGAUCAUGCUGCAGGCUCACACACAGACUCAUACUAACUGUUCAGGUUUUACACUUAAAACUGCCUACCAGAUCCUACUGUUCAACUCUCAAGCUUGCAAAUUCAUCUUUAAUUGUGGCUUUUGCUUUCAAGGAGACAGGAUUACUUUUAAAAUAACAAACAUGAACACCAGCACCAGCUCACCUGCCAAAGUGUCUUUGUUGUUUGGAUGCUUCACGAUAACUUUAUUUUCUUGUUGACGAGGGAAAAGGCCUUUAAAAGUCUAGUUAUGUUUUCACACAUGCACUCCAGAAAAUUUAGGGACAGCCUGCAUUGGAAAUCUUUGUUUACUUCAAAGUUUAAAGUUUGCUCUGAAGGACUGAAGAGGUUUAACCUGCAAUUUCCUAGCUAGCCUUUGGGUUUUCAUAAUCAUUUGUCUAUAUCUGAGUCUUAACAGAGCAGAUUGACCCAAACAUAAAUUCAGACACAGGAACUCAUCUGGUAAAUUUCAAAAUAAAACUCUAGCUAAAGGCUGCAGAUCAUUUAUCCCAUCACUGUAUCAACAUUACAUUAAAAGAGGAAGUUGAUGAACUGCAAUUCGAUCUCAAACAGGCAAAAAAAACAUGCUGUUCUUUUUAUUUCUGUGUGAACUUUUGAACGCUGCUCUGCACUUUAGAAACACAUCCAGUGGGAAAGGAAGUGAGCCAUUUGCUGAAGCAAAACUGAAUGACGAAGACCCUGUAGAUGUUGCAGGCCAGGAGGAACACCAAAUCAUUUCAAGAUCUGGUUCAAAACAGAGCCUGGCCGUCUAGUAAUGAUUUCUUUUUUAUUAUAAUAUUAUUAAGUGGAAUUGGGCUUGAUAAAAAAUACAAAUGACUGGAAAUGAGCAUGCAGGUGUGCAGAAGAGAGCACAAAACAGUGUCAUCACGUGCAAGAAGAUUGCACUAAUCCAUGACAGAAAUGUCAUUACGCCCUCUCGCCCACAGUGAAUUUUUCAAAAUAUUUACCACUACUUUCACAGAUCAGUUCACACCAACAUCACAGAAACUGUAUUAGUCAGGAAGAGUCUAGGUAAAAAAUGUGUCUGCAUUUACACAUGCAGCUCACCCUGAUUAUUGAGUGUAAUUUUGGAGCUCUGUGCAUGUGUGAAAACAGCCUAGAAUAGCUAGAUUUUUUUCUUAAAUGAUCAUACUCUUGAGUGUAAAAUUUUAAACACUUCAUUGCCUCAGAGAGGAAAACGGACUCACUUAACGGAGGCAGCAAACAAAAAAACAGGAAACUAUUUCAAUAGACCUGGGCUUCCCCUUUCUGUGCGCCCUCACUCAGCAGGCGAGACGGAUUAUUCAAGAUUACACAGCAGGCUGUUGAUCCACUAAAGGGGCCCAUUUCCAAAACUUAAUUUUGCUGUGCCUGCAGUGAAUGAAGGAUUAUUUUUAGAGGCAUAAACGUAGGAAAAGAGGUUGUUUGUUUGUUACAUUUGAUGUUGUUUUAAAGGUGAAUGGCUGCUGUUGUCUGGUGCUACAGGGAAGGCUCUCUUCAUGCUUCAAGUAGUUCGUGGCUCGUGGCCUGUUCUGUCACAUGAAUUUAAAAAAAAGAAAAAACAUGAAGUUUCAUGUAAGCAUGCGCAGUUUUAACCCCUUAAAGCCUGAAAACACAAAUAAUAGCCAGAAAAUUCAAAUUUUUUUGGAACUGAAAUGUUCAUUUAACUAUCUACUGAAAUUUUGGUGACUAAUAAUUUAUUGAGCGUAUCGAUUAGAUAGAGGUAUCAUAAAAGUAUGUACCAAAUAUGCGACAACAGGCAUUAAGGGGUUAAAAUGAAAUUAACUUCUGCAGCUAAGAGUUUGCUUUGCUUAAUCAGAAGAAGAGGCAGGUAGGUUUCUAUCCUUUUUUUGUGAUGCUGUCAAAGACCAAAACCAACAAAGUAUUACUCUGUCACUCAAUAUCUUAAAGUCUUACUCUAACUGUGACAUUCUACUUCAGCACAAUUCAGCCCUUCUGAGGAUCAAAUCUUCAAGAAAAUGGUCUCAAAUUUUUAUUUUUGUUUAAAACAAAAGUCUCUGAUGACUCUGGUUUUAAACUUUUCCUUGGGAGUUUUUCAGCUGCAGACAUUUGUCGCUCCACUGGGUAUAAAGAGUUAAAAGGGUGGUACAUUUUGGAAAUAUUUAAAAUAAACUCCAGUGCCAAUGUUUAACAUGUCAGCUAGUGCAAUCUGACACCGUUUUUAGAGAUGUAGCACUUCCCUGAUCAUAGAUACAGCUGUCAGUAAAUGAACCAACACAGAGUUUCUCUGUGUAGAUUUGUAACAGAUUUGACUAUCCAGGAUCACAUACUUCAACACAUACUUUACAGCAGCUGUUGCAGCUUGCUCAAAGAUUAUGCUGUGCUAAUGGGGACUGCACACAGUGUUUGGAGUAUGAUAAACAGUAGGGAUGCUCAAUUUUGGAUUUUUGCUGAUAUCUGAUAUUUGAAAAUUAUUUUAAGCUGAUAUCAGUUUUUAAAUAUGUAGUUCAGACCUAAAAUUUCAGUCCUUUAAACACACUUCAACGUUUAAGGAAUGAGGAUGAACAAAUAAAAAGAUUUCAGGUGUUCGUCCUGCCUGAAACUCCAAAAAUAUACAUACUGCCAAUAUUUAUGCCUGGCAAAGGCCGAUAUAAACAGCCGAUAUUUCAUUUGUAAAUAUAGGCUAGAAUUUUGCACCUGCCAAUAUUAAUUUCAACUUUUAAGCUUACAUCUCCUGAUACAGAUACAGAAAUAAUUUUAUGCAUCCCUAGGAAACAGUAAAGUUGAAGCACACCCAGCUAGACAUAUUUUGACGAAAAGAUGUAUAAAAUCACCCCCAUAAGGAAGUAAUUAAUAACAUAUCCUUUAAAAAAAAAGUUUUAUAUCAUCACUCACCAAAAAGCACAAAUGCUGAUUCCGAUAUUCAAUACUGUGCAGAACUUUGAGGCUGAAGUAAGGCGUGUAAAGGCCGGCUCAGACUACUCAACGUCAGCCAGAUUUAUCCCAACUUCAACGUCAGAACUCAGGUCUGAUUUUGAGUGUUGGGAACGAAAAACGGUCUUGUAGUGUGGUACAGUUAACAACGACCACGACUCAACCAAACUAGCAUUUCAUAAAUUUUCUUACACACUAGUUUGACACCCUGACCUGACAUCAACAACGUGAAUCCUGAUGUCUGCCAACAGGAGAGCAUUUGCUCCUUAUCUUUACAUCAUCAUGUACAAAAAUAGUCUCCAUUGAUACAGUAGGUAUUAGUUUUGAGCUCAAAAUAGCUUCAUUUAUUUUAGUUCGAUCGGGAUUAAGAUGAAAUUACACCCAAGUGCAAUUACAAGCAAACGAAAAAGAGUAUUGUACAAAUCUUGACAUCCAGUGUGAGCACAGAGGUUUUUUUUAUUGUUUUUAUACACAGUUUUAAGUAUGCAGCUUCAGUCUCUCUAUUGAUUGCCAGGUUUGAUAUCAUUAAGUGUUGAUCAUAAAGAUGGCACUGUUUGUUUCACUGUUUUGGAUUUUAUCUGUUUUUCUAAAAUGGACAGGUUUUUAAAGGGAUUGUGUCUGAAUGAUUUCAUUUCUGAUGUAUUUUAGUAUUUCUUCUCAACUGUGGAAGAAUUUUUUACUUUUUACUGUAGGAUUUGAUGCUUUUUUUCAGGGACCUUUUAACUUGUUAUGUACAUUUACAUAAUAUAUUCAUGUUUCACUUUACUGUUUUUAACAGUUUUUAAAAUGCUGUAAUAAAUUUCAGUUUUGAGACCUUUGAUAUUCUUUUACAUUGUUUCUUCCCCUUUAAAUUUCCCCCGAAUUUUUAUCUACUUGUAGAAAUCUUUGUUCUGUCAUGUAGUCAAACGCAGUUGCACUUAAGAUGUCCAUGGCAUCAAACAAGCAGCGUGGACACUAGUGCAGUAGAUUUAAACCAACAAUGAAGACAAUCAAACUAAUAUCACAUGUGAGAUUUAUUUCGUACUUUGAAGCUCUUACAAAGACACAUGUAUUAAUAUUCUAAUAAAAAAUAUUGUGAAUAAAUCAA